AUUCCUUCCAUGUCGUCCUCUGUACGCUGACAUCAAGUCAUCCAUGGCCCUGAGCAUCUCGCUUCCUUCCCGUCACGCAGUCUUUGAUUUAUCUGUCAACCUCGUCAUCGUUCCCACCUCAGCGCGGAGGUGCGGUGUACAUGUGUGAUCUUUUUCGGACUGAUAUUCGCGCCAAAUCGUGGCGCAGGUUCUUCUCAUCAGCCAAACUAACCUGAAAGAGUCGCGCCUUGCGACCUCCUCUGCGGUGGUGGACUUGCGCACACUCAGCAGAGCUAAACUGCAAUCAUCCUUCGUAUUUCGCAUCGCUCAUUGAACGUCCACAGCCUCCUCACCAGCGCGUGAGAAAUUGCCAGCCAUUGAUUCCAUCCACAUCCGGCGUUCCACGCCAAGCAGAUCAGGCCCGUCUCCCUCCCAAAGCAAUACGUUCUAAUACGCGAAGCCGACAAAGAUAAAGUUUCUCUGCAGAGCCAGCCACGUCUACUAUUGGCUUAGGGGUUUCGUCUGUCUGAAGUUGAAAACGACGUCGUUGUGGCUGGCGCCGCCAGGAGCAAUUGGCUCGCUAAUCGCCAGAAUUUUGUUGCCUAACGAGCACCAUGUUUAUAUAUUGGAGAAAUAGCAGGACAUGCUUGCGAUAGGGCCUGGCUCGACUACCCGCCUCCGCUAGAUGUUGAUCUACUGCACUCCACUAUCUUGUUGACAAUGGUCUAUCACGGCCCUAGCAGUGGCUGCAAGGCCUGUCGAACCCGCCGGGUAAAGUGUGAUCAAGGCAAACCAGCGUGCAAUAACUGCACUAGACGGCGCCAGACUUGUCCUGGCUAUGCAGAUGUCUUUGACGGGGCACACCGGAGUCAAAACAAGGUUGUUAUCCGGAGGCUGGAAAAGCAGAAUGCUGCAAGGGAGGCAGAGUCCUGCACCAGCACUCCCAGCAGUGAAGGCUCUCUGGACUUGACAACGACGUCCACCAACACAACAACUAGAUCAUCGAUAGUGAUGCCCCAGGGCCCCCUUCAGUGGGUCAUAUAUUCAGCAGCAACGGAAGAGAACCCUGAAGACCAAGACACCCCUCAGCACCUCGAGCGGCUACGACCCUCUGAGUUCAGCGAUCCCGGUCUCGGCGAUACCCGUCUCAUAAUACCUGAGUCGAUUAAGCCGGACCCUCAGAACGCCUCCAUCAAUUUCUUCUUUCGCUAUUACACCGGAACCAUCUACGACCCUCAGCUUCACAAUUCUUUUGCACUUCUCUGGCAACCAAUGUACCUGAAGUCUUCUGAGAAUUCCCCCUUGAGACUUGCAACGGCAGCAGUGACCGUUAAUGUCGCUAUGAUGUGGAACUUCAGAGGCUGCGACGCACGGCCCGCACGACAGCUCUUCACAAAAGCCCUCGAGGCAACGAGAAAGGCAAUCGGCGAUGCGGCGCAGACCAACAUGGAUGAGCUCCUCAUGACGAUCCUGAUCUUUGAUCUUUACGACGCAUUGGUUCUGCACUACACACCCGGGCCUCUGACCUAUGGCAAACACAAAAAUGGAGCCGUAGCCUUGCUCAGGCAUAGAGGCCAAGCGAACUAUGCGACCGACGUAGGGCAGGGCCUCACUAACGCAACCAGGCACGCUCUUAUCAACUAUGCAUUAUCCCAACGCACCAUUAUGCCCGCGGAAUCGGCACAACUGUUUGAGCACCCUUCAAUCACAGGCCGCGUUGCUUCACAACUUGAUGUGUUGGGGACCCAGAUUGCCAAUACGCAAGCCCGUCUCUGGGCUCUGAGACGGCAGGGCAACUACUCAACACCAGUCUCUGGACAACGCCGCAAAGCCUUUGAAGAGAUUAUUGCCGACGCCAUCCGGAUUGAUGACGUGCUCAUGGCUUGGAAACGCAAUAUCCCAAAUCCCGACUGGUUGCCGCAAUUCGUGGCUCGUGAGGACGUCGCCCCUUCAAUCCUCGAUGCAGGCUUCUACGGCAACAAAUGCGCCGUCUGGGCGGAUCUGACGUUCGUGGAGAUAUUCAAUCUGUACGCAAGUCGUCGCAUCUACACGCUUCAGAUGGUCCGGCAGUCUCUGGCCGACGAACCCACCCUGCUCACGGACUCGAGAUACCGCGCCAUCCUGGCGAAGGCGAACUCGACCAUCCAGACCCUCGUCGAUCUUAUACUAGAAACCAUCCCCAUCCACCUCGGGGACACGGUCGUGCCGACGAAUCCGAUCCACAGCUCCGGGAUCGCGUUCCCUUAUAAAAUCAUUCGAGACCCUCUCACGGGGGAGCCGAGAAGCAUUCCGGACCUAGAGGGUAGUGAUUUCCGGAUGAGGGCCGCGGCAUCCGGGGGUUGGAUGGUAUUCCCUCAUUUGCUCGAGAUAUACCGGUUUGCAGAGCCCGAGGAUGACGCCGACCCGAUCAUACUGCGGAAAGGCCAGUUGGAGUGGGUCAAAGGGCAGAUCAAACGCUUGCAGACAAUCUUCCUGUUUUGUGAUCCCGUCUGGUUCAAACGGGUUCCGUCACAGGGGACAAGCACAGUGACAAAUCCGAGCUCCGAGACAUAUUCGACAAGGGCCAGCAACCUAUGAGCCAACUUAUUCGAGUGGUCCAGCCAAUUCGCUCGCCAUCGAAGAGAUUGCGUCCUUAGCAAGCUUGAUCUCCCUCCCGAUUAUGCUUGCCCGAAUGGGGAGGGUAAUGCUUGGGCAGAAUAUACCACGAGACAGGUCCUGGUGGGGACCCUGCACUUGAGGUGCUCGCAAUUUGGCCCGUGGCCUUGCGAAUGAUCGAGCAAGAAAUCCGCCAAUACAGAAUGCGAUAUCGGCUUCAGCGAGCCUCCUGACGAACACCAUCCAAGAAACCGCGAUCGGCAAAUGAGAUAGACAAAGAGGAGGGAGCUGACCCAGUGCGUUCAUGAGCUUUGGGCAGGUCCCCUGUCCUCGUCGCCUGCGAGCAAAACACACGCGUCGCCGAGAAUUAAUGACAGUCAAGAAGGGCUCUUUGUCCGGGGCCUCGACUAGCCUCAUCCGACACCCUGGGCGUGUCGCAACACCCGAGAGAGACAGGCUCGCGCGACACACAUCUCAUCUUCUCGUCGCAGACGCUGCGUUUCAAGCGGAUGUCCACCCACGAGCGUCAGGCACUGAUACUGUUUCGUUCCAGCGCGUAUUCUUUAUCGAGCGAGGUAGAGGGGAGCGCACUCAAUGGCACAGUGCGAGAGAGGGGAGGGGAAAGACGAUGAGCGCUCUCCCGCUUCCCGUGGUCCAGAUCGCUGGUUCAAUCAAGGGGUGCGAGAUGGAGGUCAUCCGGGAGCUGCGUAGAAGCAGGCGUGGAGUCGCCACCGCCGCUGGCGCCGCCGCCGCCGCCGGCAUUGUCACUGCCACUCUCGCCUAUAUGCAUGCUGGCCAAUGAGCUCAAACUAUAUGAGCGUAUGAUACUGGUGAGGAGGAUCGGGUACUGUAGGAGCGAACUGUAUGUACAUCAAUAAUCUCAAGAAAAGACAUUUUAAUGGACUACGUAAUAGAGAAUAGACAAAGAGAGGGAGGG